UGUGAUUCCAGGUCUCCGAGCCGGACGCGGGUCUUUACUUUGCCGUUUCUCUCCCCCAUCUCCGCCGCUUGCUUCCUGCUAACUCCUCUCUGAGCCUCUGCCCCUCACCCCGGCCCACGAUGCCCUCCGGGAGCAGCCCCUGAAUGACCCCGAUGGAGGCGCUCCCAGCCAACAGCAGCGGAACGCCACGAGCCCCCGGCGGCCCCUUCUCCCCGGAUGACUACGACGAUGAGUUCCUGCGCUACCUCUGGCGUGACUACCUCUACCCGAAGCAGUACGAGUGGGCCCUCAUCGUGGCCUACGUGGCCGUCUUCCUUGUGGCCCUAGUGGGCAACGUGCUGGUGUGCUUAGCUGUGUGGCGUAAUCACCACAUGAGGUCAGUCACUAACUACUUCAUCGUCAACCUGUCGUUGGCCGACGUCCUAGUCACGGCCAUCUGCCUGCCAGCCAGCCUGCUUGUAGACAUCACAGAGUCCUGGUUCUUUGGCCAAACCCUCUGCAAGGUCAUCCCCUAUCUGCAGACGGUGUCCGUGUCCGUGUCCGUGCUGACCCUCAGCUUCAUCGCACUGGACCGCUGGUAUGCCAUCUGCCACCCGCUGCUGUUCAAGAGCACGGCCCAGCGUGCCCGUGGCAGCAUCCUGGGCAUCUGGGCCGUCUCGCUGGCUGUCAUGGUGCCCCAGGCCGUGGUGAUGGAGCGCAGCACGAUCCUGCCCGAGCUGGCCAACCGCACCCUCCUCUUCUCCGUCUGUGAUGAACGUUGGGCAGAUGACUUGUAUCCCAAGAUUUACCACAGCUGCUUCUUCAUCGUCACGUACCUGGCCCCGCUCGGCCUCAUGUUCAUGGCUUACUUCCAGAUCUUCAGGAAGCUCUGGGGACGCCAGAUUCCCGGAACCACCUCCGCCCUGGUCCGGAACUGGAAGUGCAGCUCUGUGCAGCUCCCGGGACCCCCGGCCCCUGCCCGGGCCAGCGCCUUCCUGGCCGAGGUCAAGCAGAUGCGAGCGCGGAGGAAGACGGCCAAGAUGCUGAUGGUGGUGCUGACCGUGUUCGCGCUCUGCUACCUGCCCAUCAGCGUGCUCAACGUCCUCAAGAGGGUGUUUGGGAUGUUUGCCAACACGAGUGAUCGGGAAUCCAUCUAUGCCUGGUUUACCUUCUCCCACUGGCUGGUCUACGCCAACAGCGCUGCCAAUCCCAUCAUCUACAACUUCCUAAGUGGCAAGUUCCGAGAACAGUUUAAAGCCGCUUUCUCCUGCUGCCUCCCUACCUUUGGCUCCUUUCAGACGCCCAGCUCCCGCUCCACCAGUCAGAAGUCCCUGUCCCUGCAAAGCAAGUUCACUGUUUCCAAAGUCUCUGAGCACGUGGUGCUCACCAGUGUUACCACCGUGCUGCCCUAGAGGAAGCUGCAGCUCGACACCACCACUUCCCCUCUUACCAUCCCUGCCUGGCCCUUACCCCAACCCUGUUCCUUUGCUCCUCUGAGGCCCCCCCUUUCCAAGUGGAUAUACCUCUCCAAGGCAGAGGAGAAGGAAGGCUAGAGGGGGGCAGUCAAAAUGCCCAAAUGUGGAAGGAAUGGGGUGGGGGGCUGGAGGUGUUGUGAUUGCGGAAAAGACGGCUCAGGUGAACGGUAGCCAUCUUCAGGCAGCUGGAGGGGCCUCCCCCUCUUCACCAAGACCCUACACAGUGAGACAACAGGAAGCUGUAGUUAGAUGUCAGGAUAGGAAAACACCAGAACUGGGACCUUGUGGCAUCUCUAACCUAGGUCUGAGGUAGAGGUCUGAGGCAGGAGGCUGGCCCACCUGAUCCCCCUAAGGUCCCUUCCAGUUCUAGGAUCCCCUGAUCUGCUCCAAGCUGAAUCUUCCUGCCGCCGAACCUUCGUGUCCUACCGGGUUUCUGGAGGUAGGACAGCUUUCUAGAAUUGAACAGUCCGAAGAAACAGCCGCCUUUGGCUUUGUUCUAAAAGCAUCAGCAACAGCCGACGACCAUUAAGUGUGCCAAACCUUAUGCCGAAACGACACGGGCAUGGUAAGAUCGGACCCGAUGCUCCUCCAGGAACAGCACUGCCAUCAGAUGCGUUUCCAGAUACCUUCAUAUCCUCCCACCCUCCACCAGGUUACGAAACCUCACCGCGAGCUCAGGAUAUGAACGGCCCUUGCUGGAGAUGCUGCCAAAAGCUUCCCUGUAGUUUCUGUUCUCAGACUUCAGUGUCCUGUCCACAAUGGCCCCAGCACAAAAUCCCGGGAGCAGAAAGGAAGCAAGGCAUCAAGGUUAGAAGGUCCCUGUGAUUCAAAUGAGACAGAGGGAUUGGCCCCUGGAGGAAAUGAAAGGGGUUGAGUGCACAGCGUUUUCCUGGGAUAAGGCAAAGAGUGGAGUUGGGGCCUGGGCUGACAUUUUACUAGGCUAAACAGCUAUUUCCCACAGCGCAACAUGGUCUCCCAUUCCCUUCUGCAUGGACUUUUGAGCCAGAGCAUUAGCUCAGCCACUGGUGGUCUGGGACACCCUCUCUAGGCUGGUCAGAAAGUCCCCGUUUCUAGAGGACCCCCUCCCGGGCACACAGAAGACACUCGGUUCCAGCACCCUGAGGUAGAACCCCUUUAUUGAAGCUUACAACCACAUAGGUUUGGCCCUUUAGGUGAAAACGGAUACAAUGGCAGUAAGGAGGCAUCUGGUCGGUGGAGUGAGGUGUUG